GCCGGGGGCGCUCCUCGCCGCCCGCGCGCCCUCCCCAGCCAUGUCGUCCAUCCUGCCCUUCACCCCCCCGAUCGUGAAGCGCCUGCUGGGCUGGAAGAAGGGCGAGCAGAACGGUCAGGAGGAGAAGUGGUGCGAGAAGGCGGUCAAGAGUUUGGUCAAGAAGCUCAAGAAGACGGGGCAGCUGGACGAGCUGGAGAAGGCCAUCACCACGCAGAACGUCAACACCAAGUGCAUCACCAUCCCCAGGUCCCUGGAUGGCCGGCUGCAGGUGUCCCACCGGAAGGGGCUCCCCCAUGUUAUCUACUGCCGCCUGUGGCGAUGGCCCGACCUACACAGCCACCAUGAGCUGCGGGCCAUGGAGCUGUGUGAGUUCGCCUUCAACAUGAAGAAGGACGAAGUCUGCGUGAAUCCCUACCACUAUCAGAGGGUGGAGACCCCAGUUCUACCUCCUGUGUUGGUACCACGCCACACAGAGAUCCCGGCCGAGUUCCCCCCGCUGGACGACUACAGCCAUUCCAUCCCCGAAAACACUAACUUUCCCGCCGGCAUCGAGCCCCAGAGCAAUAUUCCAGAAACCCCACCCCCGGGCUACUUGAGUGAAGAUGGAGAGACCAGUGACCACCAGAUGAACCACAGCAUGGACGCAGGUUCUCCAAACCUAUCCCCGAAUCCGAUGUCCCCAGCACACAAUAACUUGGACCUGCAGCCCGUCACCUACUGCGAGCCGGCCUUCUGGUGCUCCAUCUCCUACUACGAGCUCAACCAGCGUGUCGGGGAGACAUUCCAUGCCUCGCAGCCGUCCAUGACAGUGGAUGGCUUCACCGAUCCCUCCAACUCAGAGCGCUUCUGCCUGGGGUUGCUCUCCAACGUCAACAGGAACGCGGCCGUGGAGCUGACGCGGAGGCAUAUCGGGCGAGGCGUGCGGCUGUACUACAUCGGAGGCGAGGUCUUCGCAGAGUGCCUCAGCGACAGUGCCAUCUUUGUCCAGUCUCCCAACUGUAACCAGCGCUACGGCUGGCACCCAGCCACCGUCUGCAAGAUCCCACCAGGUAACACCACCGACAUACCCACCCUUUCCCUGAGGUCCUCUCCUCUCUCUGGGAACUGGAGCUUAUGGGCCGCUCUCCGGACAAGUGCACUCUUCGUCCCCACGAGCACUGUUUUUGUUCUGUUGGCAGGAUGCAACCUGAAGAUCUUCAACAACCAGGAGUUUGCCGCCCUCCUGGCUCAGUCUGUCAACCAGGGCUUCGAGGCCGUGUACCAGCUGACCCGGAUGUGCACCAUCCGCAUGAGCUUCGUCAAGGGCUGGGGAGCCGAGUACAGGAGACAGACCGUGACCAGCACCCCCUGCUGGAUCGAGCUGCACCUGAAUGGGCCUUUGCAGUGGCUUGACAAGGUCCUCACCCAGAUGGGCUCCCCAAGCAUCCGCUGCUCCAGUGUAUCUUAGAGACAAUGGGUGUGAAGGGGGAGGGCGGGGAGGGUGGGCUUGGGGAAAAUGGCCAUGUAGGAGGUGGAGAAAUCAGAACUCAAAUCACUGUUGUCAAAGAAGAAGAAAUUUUUCUCCCUCAACCAAAGUGGCACCAUGAAAGCAAACCCAGAGAUGGAUUUUUAUGAACAGCUGUAUCUGCUGAACACAUUUGCCCUUUGGCUCUGGUGUGAAGGGCAAGAAAUGGCUUCUGCUCUGGUGGCUUGAGCAAACAGG